AUUGAGCAGCGGCAGUUGAAGGGCCUUCUUUUGUUCUCAGUCCCAUACAUAACUUCCCGCAUAACGAGAAGCGAUUUCAGCGUGCUCUGAUCGUCCUGGCCAAGAACAUGACCGCAAGAGAAAACAGCGCGCAAGAAAGACGUGUUUCUUCGUUCCGUAUAGACGAUAUUCUAGCCACACCGUCUGAGUCGCGGCGGACCGAGACACAACAUGCUGCCGAUGCAGACCCUACUUCUUCCAGUGAUUCACYCGCACAGUUAAGCUUUGGCGUUGACCAACUUCUCGCGAGUAGUCGAGAACCAGAAUCAAGAAAUCAGCUCCCGUGUUAUGGGCCAUGUGAUCACUACCCUUCGACAUACUGGAGUCCAACCUUAUACACUACAAACGCGUAUGGCUGUAGUCCAUUGUCUGGAUGUGAGACAUGUUAUAACCACGCCUCCUACCCUUAUUUGGCAACAGUAGGAUAUGCAGGCAUAUACGAGUAUGACAGAGCAGGGCUCGGUAAAGUUCACAUCGCCAGCCCAGUUCUUUCCAACCAAAAUAAAUCGCGCAAACCAAGAAGACCCUGGACUCGAGCGGUGUUUUCUAAUCUUCAACGCAAGGGCCUCGAAAAACGCUUUCAAAUUCAGAAAUAUUUAACGAAAGCCGACCGCCAUCAAUUAGCAUCAAUGUUGGGACUGAGUGACAAUCAGGUAAAAGUUUGGUUUCAAAAUAGGCGAAUGAAAUGGAGACAAGAAGCGAGAGAAACGGUGACAGGAACAGAUGUCAAGACAGAUAGUAAUUCAACUGUAUUAUAGAUUGUUAUACUCAUGCCAACUUAUUCUACCUCUUAUUCGACUACCUCAUCAUCCAUUUUCAUAAAAAGAACAGGCCUAAGUCAUGUGUAUUACUAACGUACAUGUGACGUCAUAGCCGCCAUGUUGGAUGGAUGUAAAUGAGAACUUUGUUGUGGGAUGCUUUUUUAUAUCAUCCAUCAUGGCGGCCAUGUUGUCCGUUGUUUCAUUCUCUUGAGGAUGMUCGAACCUUGCACCUUAAGACAGCCGCCAGGUUUGAUGGAUAAACGGGUAUAUCCAACACGGAGGCCAUAUGCUUUGCCAUUUCAUUCUCUCGUGACUCUUGCGCCCAAAGAAGGUUAUGGUGYCAAGAUAACACGGCUAAUCACGUGACUAACUAUAAAUAGCCUAAUAUAUGAGUAUUAUAAAAAGUAGCUUAUAAACUUAGACGGCGAUAUGACUGUUGACUGGUCAUGAUGGUCAUGCCUGAACAACUGCACUGUACGCAACCUAUCCAUUGUUUCUCAUUGAAUGUAUUGUAUAGCCAGAUAUUCUGUAAAUAUUUCAUGCAUGUAGGGAUCCAGAAUGGAGUUAUAUUAUUACCCUUCUUUUAAAAUGCCUGGGGGAAUCAGCCCGCCUGUAAAGAGGUAUUUUUUUACAGGAACGAUGCCUCUGAUCCUCUCCCCCGCAUUURAACACAGGUGAUAUUUUGAUACCAACCGCAACCCUCGGACUGAACCAAAAUUACAAUCAAAAAUUUCAAAGAAAAUUUGAAAAAAAA